AGUUCCUUUUGAGUUAGACUGGACACCCCAUAAUUUCCAAUCGCCGGACGAUGUAUAUCAACUGUACUUGGACCGAGUUGUCACUUUCAACCAUCGACGCAACGACAACGAAGCAUCGAAGCCCUCGCUGAUGCAUCUGCGCGAUGAAGGCCACGUGCAGUUGCGGAAGCGAGGAAGAACCCCAAGCCCAAGACAAUGGUCGAAUGUCGAGUCCGGCUACUAACCAUGGCGAGUCAGACUCCCAUUCACCGCAAUUGCAACACUGUCGUUCUUUAGGAGAAGCCCAGGUUUCAACAAGAAUUGCCCCUGAUGAAGUGGGCGAAAGGGGGACGGGGGAGAGGCGGUGCAUCUUCCUGUUGCACAACGACGCCCCACCACCAAAUCUCCCUGUUGCAUCAAAACAACAAACAUCAACACCAGCAGCAAUAAUCUCGUCUAACCUCACCGGCUUUACCAAUACUUCCACUCGUUUUCCAGUUUCUUCUUCCUCCUCUUCUUUGUCCUCUCCCCACACUCAUUAUAUUUUGGUUCCGGCAUCCCACCCUCCCUCUGCCGCCACUCCCUCCGCCGCGGCGGGUGUCCAGGACGUGGCCCCUACGCCUCCCCGCCCUAACCAACGGCUUCAACUCCGGCAGCUUUCGCAACGAAUUGCGGCGCUGCUUCUGGCAAUUGGCCAACGAGACCGGCGGCUCCUGAUGCUGAUUUUGCCAUACGCACGGUUUUACUGGCAGGCCUUCUCGACCGCACGUCAACGUUGCUGGAGUCUCACGCGCACCGCCUGUGCGAUUGGCGGUCUUUGGCUGCUGACCCGGCUGUUCCUGCGCCACGUCCACUCCCCAUUCGCCCAUCUUCCCGGCGGCCCUCGCUCCCUGUCCCUGCACCCUAAACAUCUCAUCCAGGCCUCGGUCACUCAUUCUAAACACAAACAUCUUCGAAAAGUUUCCAAGUCGCGUCGUCGGAAUUCGAGAGAGUUGAGGCGGAAGGCGACGGCUGCUGCGGAUCGUGACAGUGAUAGUGAUACAGGUUCCGUUGAUGCUGUUGGUCAGGCAGGCUCCGUUGCAGUAAUCAACCACCGUCGAAGAUUUCCAGUUCGAAACAGUCGCGAUUUUUUUACACCCUCGUUUCAACAUCAAAAUCAUUCUGGAUAUGGCACUCCAUGUCCAGUCGCUCAUUUGAACUCCUCGUCGCCCUGGCACAUUCCGGUCCCGAACAUUCACGAUCUCGAACAUCUUGAUGAGGAUUCACUUCACGCUCUCAUUAUGAGUUUGCAAACCCCCCUGAAGUCCCCCCCCCGUCGACGUCGUGGAAUUACGGAACCGUUACGUAUCACAACCAUACCUUCACUAUCAAAUCCAAUGGAUCACAACCACGCUCUAUCCGACCACAUCAAUGCUGCUCCCGCAUCACCGACGACCAGCACAUCCUGCUACACUGCAUCCGUCAACCCACCUCCAACCUCGCCAACGUGGCGUUCAUCACAAUUCUCAUCGAUAACGGCAGUCGACACACAAUCACAACGCACUCGAUCUUCCAAACGAUUCUCCCUUAACUUCCCUAUCGCCAUUCCACGGUCCACUACUACCUCAAUGGCUUCUGGACCUACCGCUCGCUCCUCCCAGCUUUUCUCCCUCUCCUCCCGUCCCCCAUCAUGGGCUCCGACAACUACAUCGAGCGGCAGUGACCACAGCAGAGGCAACAGUCCUCCAACCUUCUCCCCCAAUCGAACAUUCAUGUCGCCGACACAUGGUCACCCGGCCACGUCUCUCCCGGCCCUAACAUCGCCUACAUUUCUUCCUCCGCCCGAAACCAACUUUCUGACGAUCCUUGCUGCCCAGGAGCGCAAGGUUCUGGAACUCCGUGAGGAGCUUGGUAAAGCUGAAGCCGAGCUGGGAGAGCUGAAGAAGAAAUGGGAGCGCAGUGAGGCUCGAAAGAAGCGUGAGGAGCUUCGGAGUGGGAUGCGUUUGCGUGAUCUCGCAGGUCCAGCUGCCAUGCCACCCCCUCCAGCGUAUAUCAAUGACGGCGAUGGGAUCCAUGAGAUGCAACUGAGAUCUGCUACCACCCCAAGGAACAAGCGACUGUCCGACAUAUACAGUCUAGGGGCUUCAGACCUGGGACCAUAUACGCAUGAUCAAGCGGACCUGAAGGAGGAAGAGGACCCCGAUGGCAGCAAUGCAUGGAUGACGCAAGAGAUGGAACGGCGCAAGUCUCUCCUCCGCGGCAGCACAAUGGGUCCUGCACCUGGAUCUGCAACCACCCGCUACAGUCAACGCAAGGUCUUCAGCGGAAGUAGACACACUCGUGCGCUCAGCUUGCUGAGCCCAGACAAAGAACGGGUAUUUGAUCGAAAUGCUGCUCUGGACGCUCUGGAAGGACGGACUCGUUCUACAUCACCACCCGACGCCUCAUUCCCCCCUCCACCUUUUACUCGGGCUUCGGCCGAGCAUGAUCGAACAGCAAUCGCCGAACAGAAACCUCGGUCUCGUCGGCCACUCUCCCUUGCUUCAGGUCUCCCUCAGCCACCCUCCCGAUCCAGGACUUUGCCUAUCCUCGCUCCCAUCGACCAGCUGAACGACGCAAUGGAAUCGGGCAAUGGCGCCCCCGCUGCAAUUCUCCGAACAGCCAAGCAAACCGCCGAGGGCUUGAAAGACGGGCUGUGGACAUUCUUUGAAGAUAUCCGACAGGCUACGGUCGGCGAGGAGGGAGCAAGAGAGAUGGGGGGUGUCGCACAGCGAUCCCUCAGUCCCGGAAAACGAGGGCAGGAAGGCGCUUCUGCAGGUAUCCGCACAGGACGGGUCUUGGGCCGUCAGGGUCCGCAUCUUGACGGUGACGAGAAAGAUCCUGCCGUAAUGACCCCCACACGCCCACGCCCAAGGGGACGGGAUCGUACCGGCAUAGAUGCGAAUCCAAAAGCACCUGGUGAUCCUGACAUGCUGUCCACCCAUUCGUCAACCACAGACUCCGCCACUCCAUCGCAACGAAAAGUCGUUGAAGACGAGCACGGUAUGGAAUGGGACUCGUGGGCGACGCCCCAAAACCCGAAAGACCCCACCACCAAACCAGAGAACGCCCAGGCGCCCUUGCGGAAGCAAGCCGUGCAGGAACGGAUGAGCAUGACAUAUCCGGUGCAACCCGGCGGGAAGGGCAAAGCGAGCCCCGACAUGAUGGACAGUCCUGGAAGCAGCAACGAGAGUAGGGAGUCCGGUGAAUCGGAUGGGUCGCAAGCCACGAAGAAAGACGACGAAACGAGUGCAGCUUCGGAGACCCGGCGGACGACUGACGGGAGUGGGAAGGAUGCGAGCGAUCCCACCGCCCGCACCCACCCCUCCCCCUCCACCGAAGUCCCCCGCCCUUCCGCCAGUAUCGACGAAUCCUUCAGUCCUACCGGGACCCUCCGCGCCCGCUCCAACUCCAGCCGCACAUCUCCUUCCAACUCCAGCCGCACACCCCCCUCCGGCAGCCACUCCACCACCUCAGAUGCGUUCCCCUGGAUGCAGAACCUGCACCUCUCGGACGUGCGGAAGCUCGCCCCCGCGAAUCUGAUGCGCGAAUGGGAACGCUCGUUGUCGCCGCCGGCGGAGGAGCGGGGGGGUCCGCGAGAAGGUCCCACGGCGAUGGAUCACGAGGACCUAUAGCUUGGACAGACGAGGAGAAGGACGAGACGUAAUGUAUGAUAAAGAUAAACGAACGACUGUGUAUGAUAAUGAACGAAGGGCAUGAGCACUGAAAAUUGCCGAUGCGGACCGUUGGAGAAAAUCGGGCGCCAUGCCAGCUUCGCGGCUUGGGUUUUGGUGGAAAACGGUACAUAAUAGAGCAGCUGGCUGAGCUAUCGUAAUUAUCCUAAAUGAAUAGAGCAUCUACUACCUACAUUGCGACGGCUGGGG